CGAGCGGUUGGCAUCGGUGUCAUUUCUCAAAAAGAGAGAAAAGAAACGGGCGGAGAGGAGAGAGCGGCGACAGGAUGGCGGUGAGCGCGCGCUAGAAAUCAAAACAUAACAAACACCAUUUAAAUAAGACAUGGUCAUGGAGGAAGAAGUAUAAAUGUUGCUGCAAAUUUCAGGGCCAUGCCGACCUUCCCCUUCCACGAGCCCACCGUGAUGCCCGAGGGCCAGUUCGGCGCCAACUUCACGCGUGACCUAGUGGCCGAGCUCCGGGUCCGAAAGCAGGAGCCCUUCCCCAAAGCCGAGCCGUCGCCGGUGCCGGAGGCGCGCGAACGCAGGAGCCCCGCGGACGAGUCGGACAAGGACGAGGAGGAGAGCGAGGAGGGCCCCGACGAGCACGGGCAGCCGCGCCGCAGGGGGCCGCGCAAGAAGAAGGGCACGAGCAAGGCGCGCCUCGACCGCGUCAAGCUGCGGCGCAUGGAGGCGAACGCGCGCGAGCGCAACCGCAUGCACGGACUCAACAACGCGCUGGACAGCCUGCGCCGCGUCGUGCCCUGCUACUCCAAGACGCAGAAGCUGUCCAAGAUCGAGACCCUGCGGCUCGCCAAGAACUACAUCUGGGCGCUUUCAGAGAUCCUGAGCUCGGGCAGGAGGCCCGACCUGCUCUCCUUCGUGCAGAGCCUCUGCAAGGGGCUGUCGCAACCCACCACCAACCUGGUGGCCGGCUGCCUGCAGCUCAACGCGCGCGCCUUCGUGGCCGAGCACGGCGGCGGCGCAGGCGGCGGCGCCGACGCGGCCCUGUGCGCGCGCUCGCCCUACGACGCCCUGUACGCGCCUUACCCCAGCCCCGGCGCGGGCACGCCCCCGGGGCACCCGGGCAGCUGCGCGGGAGGUGCCGCGGGCUCGGACGGCGCCAAGGCUUUCCGCGCCUACGGCUACUGCGGCGGCGCCUACGAGUCCUUUUACGAGAGCGCGUCGCCGGAGUGCGCGAGCCCGCAGCUCGAGGGCCCGCACAGCCCGCCCGUCAACUUCAACGGCAUCUUCGCGCUCAAGCACGAGGACGCGGGCGAGCUGUCCAAGAACUGCCCUUACGCCGGCGUGCGCUACUGCGCCGUGCCGAGUCGCGCCGGCCUGGGCCAGGGCGCCGUGUUCCGAGGCUCCUCCGACGCGCGCUUCCCGUACGACGUGCACGUGCGCGGCCAGGCCUACCCAGCGCACGAGGACCUGAGCGCCGCCUUUCACAACUGACAGUCGCGCAGAAUGUAACUUACUGUCAAGUGGCACCGAGCUGCUCCGCGUGCGCCACUCAUCAUGUGUGUUUUAACGAAACAUUCGAGAAAGACAAAAAGAGAAAACACUCUCUCGCGCGCACACACGCAUUUAAUGUCUGUCAUGGAAGCCUUUUUAUGGACAAGAAACAAGAAAACCAAAUUCCGUGUGUUCGUAGUACCAUAGUGAUAUGUCCGUCCUUGAGCUGUAGCGCGGGGGGGGGGGGGGGACGCGCGCGCUCGCUUUUCCAGUCUUUACGUUGGCACGUGUGGCGCACGCUCGGAACGUUUCGCCUCCUGUGACGUCCAUUUUAAUUUAAUUAAUUAGUCCAAUUAUAUGAUCGCGACCCAGCGCCGGGAAGGCUGCGCGUCGGCAGAGCUCGAGACACAGUGAACUUAUUUAGUACAUUUUCGGUUGUCAUAUUUCAAAUGUAUUUUUUCCAUCGUGCGAAAUAGGUGAAAAAGCAAUAAAAGGGAAAGAAACACACUAUGCAAUAAAGAAACAGGUCGUGCUCUACACACUACACUUUGUUUUGCAUAAACAACGGUAACAUUUAUUAACUGUUUCAAUAGGUCCACAGAAAAUACUGAAGUUCGCAUGAAAGACGAUCUAGUGAUUGGAAGCUUUCUGAAGUUUUGGUUAUAAAAAGUUAACUUUAAUUAUAACUUUGUUGGGGACAAAAUAUUCUUAGGGCUUUUAGGGAAAUCAUGUUGAUUUUUUUCACUGACACUGAUCUAUUAAUUAAUAUUUUGUUUUUUUGUGUUCCGUGCGUUUGUUUUUUUUUUCCCAGAACUAAUGAGUAAAAAAUAUGGAGAAUGACUGAAUGACCAAAAUGUAGUGUAAUUUAAUGGUUAAUUAUAAUGCUCUUUCACGAAUACAUAUGCACUGCUGUGAUAUGAAUUAUGAAUGAUGUAAAAUUAUGUUACUGAUCAAAUGUGAACGAGGCUUAUGGAAAGCAGUUUUUUUUCUGUUUUUUGAACAUGCACGGUUGCAGUCGUGCACGCGGCGCGUGGUGACACUAGCUUUGAACUAUUUGCACGUGCCGUGACGUCACGACACAUGAUGCCGCGGGUUCGAGGAUAUGGUCGACUGUUUACAUGUAAAUUAUCACUCGUUUAGGUUGUAGACUUCGUGGAAAUGUGUGUUUAACAAAUGUAAUGAUUUCCAUCUAUUACUUUUAAGAUUCAUUUAUUAGUUUGUUUUUUUUUUUACUUGUUUGAGUUGUGUUUUAAUUUAUUGCACUUAUCCACAUAUGUACAGAUGUUAUUGUACAUUUGUGUUCAGGUCUUGUACAAAAUUAAAUUAAAAAAUGAAGCCUAUGUGUGCAUUGUAGGAAUGAAACCUGUAGAAUAUUCUCGAUGGAAAUCAAGACUGUAUUUAAGUGUCUUAUGAUUUGAUCGCGUGAAGAUUUCCUGCCUUAAUUUAUCGAGACUUUUUGGCACCUGUCAGUUUGUGAGACGGCAUGGAUGUUCCUCGUGGCUUUUUCCAUAAUUUAUCAAUUCAUCCUUUCACCAUUUCAUAGUUUCGUCAUCCUGUCAUGUCUUCAUUUGCAAAUUCCCACAUUUUCUUUUUUUUAUAUAUAUAAUUUCGCAAUUUCACAAUUUCAUCAUCCCACAAUUUCAUACUUUCUUCACUCCAUCUCCUUUCCUGUCUUCUGACGUCAUGCACUGAACUG